AUGUGCUCAGUCCGGCUUGUUGUUCAGCCUCCAACGGGCUGUCAAGCUUCUCUCAUCAUCGCACCAUGGGGAAAGGAUGCUGCCGAUAAUGGUCGUACGCCGGCUUCUUCUUCGGCGCCUGCGGUGCUCGGUCCCUUCGAAGACUUGCUGGACUUACAGAUCAAGGCUGACAUUCCCGCUGGACAAGACGGCGAUGGUGCUGCCGGGGUCGCUGGUGCUGCUGCUAAGGAGGACGGAAAGGUGGCCGCUGAUGGUGAGGCUGAUGCGGAUGCUGCCGCGCAGGAGGAUGAGGAUGCUGCGUCUGACCAGGCCCCUGAUGACGACGACGAUGGUUACCUGAGUGACGACUCCGAUGAACAUCUGGAACCGACUUCGCUUGGCAGCAUUAUCGCUUUGAAACGCUUCUCGCUAACCUUGCUGGUGCCGUUUAACAGGAAACCCGAAGUCAAGCGCACUGCUGUAACUGUGGCUGCCUUGCUGGAUGAUUGGAAGGAUCAGCUGUCGCCGGACGUGCUGCAGACGACAACUUAUUAG